GGCAAGAGCUGCCAAGGGGGCAGGAACAGCGCUGCUGGCAAGGGGGGCGACUCCGAAAAUGAAGACAGUGAUGAGAAUGAGGAGGAGGAGGAGGAGGAGGAAGGGGAAGAAGAGGUAGCAGAGAACGAGAAUGGCGUCAACGGCACAAGCACCAACACCACCGAGGGCGCAGAUGGGCCUCACGGCAGUGGUACCGCAGUGGCUGAGGAGGGCACAGGCGCAGCUGAGGAGGAGGAGGAAGAGGAGGAGGAAGAAGAAGAAGAGGAAGAGGAGGAGGAGGAAACUGAAGCCACCACUGUCGCCAGCACCACUGGCGAAGAUGGGCUGUCCCAGGCAACCCCCACGGGAGAUGGGGGACCCACGGACACCACCACAGCCGGGGAGCAGUGGGAGUACGAGGUGACGGCCGGGGCCCACGGCCGGGGGGACGAGGGCACCACCGACGGCAGCUACGGGGAGCAGGAGGAGUACGCCCGCGGGGACAGCUACCGGGCCUACGAGGAUGAGUACGGCUACUACAAGGGGCAUGGCUAUGACGUGUACGGCCAGGAUUACUACUACAGUCAGUGA